AAAACGAGAGUAUAUAGACAGUGAAUUAGAAAACCAAAUAUGGGAAGGAGUAUAUAUAGACAGUGAAUUAGAAAACCAAAUAUGGAAAGGAAAAUAUAUUCCAUGGAAACUAACAAUUUUAAUAUGUUAUUUCCAAUCUCUAUCUAUUAAUACACAUUUACUUACUGAAUUUCAAAUCAAAGUUUAAUUCCAAAGCAAAAUCAAUGGGUACAGGGAAGAAGAAGAUAGAGAUCCAGAAGAUCACAAAGGAAACUUCUAGAAUGGUUACAUUCUCGAAAAGACGGAAAGGGCUUUUCAAAAAAGCCAAAGAACUUGAAUCCAUGACGGGUUGUCGUAUUGCCUCCGUUGUUUUCUCGCCCACCGGAAAGCCUUAUACUUGUGGCGAUGUUGAAUAUGCCAUACAGAGGCAUUUUUCUGGUAAUAAUAAUAAUAAUAAUAAUAAUAGUAGAUCUACGGAACCAUCAACGUCAGGGCUGAAUUCCCGUCACUCUAACUCUGAUGGUGUUGCUGUUGCUUCUGGGGAUUCCUCGGGGUCGAGGUCAUCGUCGUCAUCGACUCCGAGGAGGAAUGGUCUCCAUGAUUGGGUGGAGGGUAUAGACGUCGAAAGAUGUGGAAAUUUGAAUCGAUUAUUAAUGUGGAAGAAGCAACUGGAAGGAACAAGAAAAAAGAUUGCUUCCAUUGAAGAUUCGGAGUCGUUUCAAGCUUUGUUUGGGUAGUCGCUUUAAAGUUAUUUAAUUUAUAUACUUUCUGGAAUUGUAUUUCUCGU